AAAAUUCCUCAUUCAACUUUCAUACGAAACUUGGUCCGAAAAUCACAACAGAAAACAGGUCUAAACAUUCAACAGAGAAUGAUCUGAACUGGAAUCAAACAACAGCUCUGUUUGCAACAGCUGUGUCUCUAACAUGACAAUCCCCAUCAUCUCAGCACUAAUAUAUGAAAGAACAACAGCUCUAUUUGCAGCAGCUAGCUCACAGGGGGAGUUCAGGGUGCGCCCAGCGCUCAGUAGCGAACACACAGUACGGGAGGCCGCUGGAUGCCGGGUUCAUUUGUUUCCUUUCCGAUUUCUGGCCUCGCCCGCUGUUUCCAGUGGACUGUGCCUGCGAACUCAAUGCCAAUGCAAGUUCCUGGAACAUACCUGCUUAGCAUGGACGCCCGUGAGUACGUUGCUCUUUUUGAAGGAAAGCAUGUGCAGCUCAUGUGGAACAUCACAACCAGCCAACCGACUUUGUGGAAAAUCACACCGGCGCAUUCAAAAGCUAGAUUCUUUUUAUAAAAAAAGAAAGGACAAUCCCACCCACACCACGAAUCACUUCUUCAGCUAAUCCAUCCACCGGUCACUUCUUCCCUCUCGGAGCGCGCGCGCACCAAUCCAUCGGUCACCCGCCUGCACGCCCAUGGCCAGCGCGGGUGCGGCAGCGGUGACGACGUCGGCGAGCGAGGUAUCGGUGAGCUCGCACCUGUUCACGGUGAGGGGCUACGGCAACACCAAGGGCAUCGGCGUCGGCGUCUCCAUCGAGUCGCCCGCGUUCGACGCCGCGGGGCACCGCUGGUCCGUCGUGUUCUACCCGGACGGCGAGAGCCAGGACGCCAGCGGGCAAAUCUCCGUCUUCGUCAGGCUCGUCAGCGAGGCCAGCGACGACGUCACCGUCCUCUACGGCUUAAGCCUCGUCGACCCGACCGGCGCCGCGCCGGCCGCGGAAGCCUCGAAGGCCCCAAAGAUCUCCACGUUCAGUUGUGGUGAGUCCAGAGGGCUCGGCUGUUUCAUGGAGCAGGAAACGUUCGAGGCUUCGCCGUACCUGCAGGACAAUUGCUUCACGAUCAAGUGUGUCAUCGGAGCCGUCAACGGACCAGGUGCAGCGCUGGCGCCGCCGGCCACCGAGCUGCGCCAUGGUUUCGAUCGCCUUCGGCUAGACGGCGCUGCGGACGACGCGUGGUCCGACAUCGGAGGGAGCAGCGGAGAAGCUAGCGACUGAACAAGAUAGCCAUGCUGCUCUACUAGCCUGUGCUAGGAGCGCAGGUGUAUCAGGGGAAAAGAAUAAACAGAGUUGCCUCUGGCAGUUCACCAAGCAUGUAUAUCUUUGUGGCUUGCAUGCUUUGCUCUUUAACAAAAACUCUAUGUACCUUGCUCUGUGCACAGAAAUAUGUAAUCAGGUUCGGACGGGUAAGGAUUGAAAUUGUGGACUGAUUUGCUGUCCAAACAAGCCUGCAAUGACUGAUUGCAGACUUGGGAUAGUAGCCGGAUAACAAGGGAAAGGCUGCAAUGAUUUCA